UCGCCCGUUUAAUGAAGAAAGCGACGGCGGCGACAGACACUGGAGCGAAGCUGUCCGCAGAUGAUUUAAACUUUAAUUUUUAGGGUAAAUUCACCAUCACCUUUGUGUGGCGAAAGAGUUAAUCGUGUCAGGAUGUCGGCCCAGGCUCAGAUGAGAGCUUUGCUGGAUCAGCUGAUGGGAACGUCGAGGGAUGGUUCAGUGUAUGUUUGCCAGCCUACAUCUGCAAGGGAGUUGCAGAAAAGCCUCAUGUUCAUCGAGCCGAGAUGAGUCGAGACAGCGGGUUAAAUUCACAGACGAGCGCGUCUGCAAAUCGCACCUGCUCAACUGCUGCCCGCAUGACAUCCUCUCUGGAACGCGCAUGGACCUUGGCGAAUGCUCUAAGAUCCAUGACCUGGCGCUGAGAGCAGACUAUGAGAUCUCGUCUAAGGAGAGAGACCUGUUCUUCGAACUGGAUGCGGUGGAUCACCUGGAGUCGUUUAUUGCCGACUGUGACCGCAGGACUGAGUUGGCCAAGAAGCGUCUCGUUGAGACACAGGAAGAGAUCAGCGCUGAGGUGGCCGCAAAGGCAGAAAAGGUUCACGCGUUAAACGAGGAGAUCGGAAAGCUGCUGGCGAAGGCUGAACAGCUCGGCGCUGAGGGAAAUGUGGAUGAAGCCCAGACAGUUCUACAUGAGGUUGAGAGAGUCCGAACUAAGAAGAAGGAUGCAGAGGAAGAGUACAGGAACUCUAUGCCCGCCUCCAGUUUCCAGCAGCAGAAGUUGCGCGUCUGUGAGGUUUGCUCUGCCUAUCUGGGUCUCCAUGACAACGACCGGCGUCUCGCUGACCACUUUGGUGGCAAACUGCACCUGGGCUUCAUUCAGAUCAGAGAGAAGCUGGAACUGCUGAAGAAAACCGUGCAGGACAAACAGGAGAGGAGGAACCAGGAGCGACUGAAGCGGAGGGAAGAGCGGGAGAGAGAGGAGAGAAUGAAAAAGCGGACCAAGUCGCGUAGCCGAGAACGCAAGAGGUCGCGUUCUCGUGACCGCGAUCGAGAGCGCAGACGCCGGCGUUCCCGCUCCGCAUCGCGAGAGAAACGCCGUUCCCACUCUCGCUCCAAAGAGCGCGACAGACGCCGGCGGCACCGUUCCAGAUCCCGCUCGCGGCACAGCCGAGAACACUCACACAAGUCUUCACGGGACCGUGAUCGCGAGAGGGAGAGCAAGCGCAGCUCAUCCGAGCGGAGAUCAGACGGACUGAACGGGAGGACGGAGUCUCGCCGUCAUGAUGACAGAGAGGCUGGAGAGAUCUGAAUCAUCUCACUCUA